CUGAGGCCCAGACCUCCAAACAUUCAUGUGAAAAGUUUGUUAGGUAAUUCAGCCACAUCUGCGCCACACGCAGCCACACCCCUUCAACUAUCGAUAGUUAUUCAUCAUUUCUGUCUCAUACGGCCUCGCUGUCACUCUCUCCUACAGCGUCCAACAUGCCUCCUCAAAUCAAACAGGACCUUAACCGGUCAGGCUGGGAGUCCACGGACUUCCCGUCUGUCUGCGAAAGCUGCCUCCCAGAAAACCCCUACGUCCAAAUGCUCAAGGAGGACCACGGCGCCGAAUGCAAGAUCUGCACCCGUCCGUUCACCAUAUUCCGAUGGAAGGCCGACCGCACUGCACGCACCAAGCGUACGAAUAUCUGUCUCACUUGUGCUCGACUGAAGAACUGCUGCCAGUGCUGCAUGCUCGAUCUCUCGUUCGGUCUCCCGAUUGUCGUUCGCGAUGCCGCGCUGAAGAUGGUGGCGCCUGGCCCCGAAAGUGGGAUCAACCGCGAAUACUACGCACAGGGCCACGAGAAGGAAAUUGAAGAAGGCCGAGGUGCAGUCGAGGAAUACGAAAAAACAGACGAGAAAGCUCGCGAGUUACUUCGGCGGCUUGCGCAUUCCGAACCAUACUACAGGAAGCCCAGACAGCAGCUCGAAGGGCCGCAAGAAGAUGGAGAGGAGAAGGAAACUCCGACGGACGCGCCGGUUGUCAAGAGCCGAUAUGGAAAUGCGCCAGGACCUGUACGGACAAGUGAGAGCAGAAGAGGCACAGCACUACCCGGUCGGGGUGGCCGAGGAGGUGCGCGCGGCGGCCGCGGCGGCCGACCAUUCCCUGGCACUGCGCAGCUGCCACCAUCGCAAGAAGACAUCCUCCCUCCCGCGGAUCCGAACAUCACGUCUCUGUUCGUUACUGGUGUUGAAGACGACCUUCCCGAGCACGCUCUUCGGUCGUUCUUUGUUCAAUUCGGCCAGCUCCGGUCUCUAAUUUGUUCCCACCGUGCUCAUUGCGCAUUUGUCAACUAUGUCUCUCGUGAGUCCGCUGAAGCUGCCGCGAAACAAUGCCAAGGAAAGGCUAUUAUUCAAGGUUGCCCUCUUCGCAUUCGGUGGGGUAAGCCGAAGUCGUUGGAUAAUCUGGAUCGGGAAGAGCGGCUGAAGUAUGCCCGUGAGGGUCGGCAAACCGCAGGACCCGCGAGAACUGGAGGUCAAGCAACGAGGGCAAUCACAGCAGGGGCUGAAAAAGAAGAGCGGCCACGCAAUGUGGCUGUUGCGCCCCCUCCUGGUAGUGGCGAUGUUCAGUACUCAAGUCUGUCUGGUGAUUAAAUUAUUGUUAUUCUUUGCGUGGGUGUGGUUGCUAUUGGACGAGGGCUUCAUGUCAUUAGAAGCGGGCGUUAUUGUAUUUAUUCGAUUAAAUCUCACUGCCAUGAAUACCCAAAAUAGGACAGAAAUGGCAUUCUAUCAAAAUUACCCGUAAAUAUAUAUCUUGUACCUGAGGC